GUCCACCUCGUACACAUCACAUACACAUACAUACACGAAUACACGUACACAUAUUUAUUUCACACAGAACUAGUGCUCUACCUGCGCCAGCAUUGAUUCACCCUAAACCAAUUGCGCGUUUAAUUUGUUUAAGCGCUGGAAACGAUUGAUUUUUGCAAACGACAGACACAAGUAACUUUAAUAAUUCUAAAAACGUCUGGUGUAAACAAUUUAAGGUGAAUUGAAGGCUUGAUCCCCUUUGUUUCUACGCGCAUUCAUUUUCGCACGAGUGGCGCAGAUUGCUUUGUUCUUCAGGAUAGGGGGAUAACAGUGGAAUUCGUUGGUGUUUAUUUAUCAUUGUUAUUAAUAAGUCAGUGGAAAUUAAUAGUCGGUGGGUGACUUUGUUCCGUGAAAUCUGGGGAAAGGUGAGCACAGAGUGACUGUCGUUAGUUAAUGAGCAAGUGCGUGAGUGCUUUGUUUUGUAUUCGUCGAGCAGCUGAUCGACACAUCUGAUCAGGCAUUGAGUUUUUUCCUUUGUCCCUGCGGUCGGAGGAGAAACAGUUUCCUAGAACACGCCACUACAGCUGAAUGGUAUUUGACAACUGUGGAGAUCCCUGUAAAUUGAUAUUUUUUCCGCACUGAAGUACUGAUGAACGAGGAGCAUUGGUGGUAGAUGAAGGGUUGGGCAACGGGGGCCGUCCUCGCGAACUGUAGGAAACGUGGGGUACGGCCCCAACUGAGCUGACUAACAUCUAUAGUCGUCAGUCUUAAAGAGAAUAAGGAAAAUUUUGAAAAGGGAAACGAGGAGAUACAAAAUGCUGUACAUAUUCCAUGUUGACACUGGGGCUACUCUGACUUUUGACAUCAAACUUGCACUCCAAAGGAUUUUUCAUAUUCUUUCUCUCAGUGUGGCGGAAUUGAAGGAGGCUAUUGAACGUGAAUGCGGAGUACUUGCUGUUCACCAAGUGCUCCUGAUGAGCGGUGGCGAAAGUUUGGAGCCUAAUGCACGAGUUUGCUCGUAUUCAGCGGGCACUGAUACUAAUCCAAUUUAUUUGUUCAGUAAAGCUGCUAUCGAGAGUCAAGUACCGCCUGUACCGCACACUGAUUACAGCACUGAUGUUGACCUCGUGGAGCAAAUCACUGCAUCUCUGGUGAUGCCGGCAACGUACAGCACCCUUGUCGCGAGAGCACAGUUGGCCCAGCAGUGUUGUGUCAUUGCUAGAGAGCAGACAAGAACGUGUGAACGACUUGUGCAUGAUCAGCAUCUUCAACAACAGGGCUGGGCUGCUGUGGUUGCCAAUUUGGAGGAUAUAACUCAGAUGUUUCAAUCCAAGGCUGAUUUACUCCAACAGAGCUUUACACAUUAUUUGACAGAACGAGAGCAACACAUGCAAUUGUUGAACAAUUUCAACACAGACCUAGGAACCCUCUCAAAAAUUCCAAUUCUUCCAGCCCUUCGUGCACAGGCAGAGGGUCUCCUGAGCCCGGAUGAACAAUCGUCGGACCACCAAGAACACCAGGACGAUCCAGAUGAGGUUCUGAGUCUCCUCCGUUGGAUCUCGGCUAAAGACAAUCAGAGUAGUCUCGAACAAGUUGCUGAACAAUGCUCCCGAGGUCUCGAGCAGUUUGACCAGCGAAUGAUGGAGGCACUGAAGAAUGAUGUCGGCGCUGCCAUUCUGGGAUCUAAUCGCCCCGAAAUGAAAGAAAUCAAGGGCCUGGGAGAGAGGCUUUUUGCUCUUGAACAACUGUUGAAUCAGACAAAGAAACUCGUUCAAGAGCAGGGAGAAUUGGCCCAGGGAUUCCUGCAGAAUCAGACACGUGCCAAUAAUCUUGGCGAUCCCAGUGUUCUUCCUGAUUUGUGCGCCUCCCAUAGGCGUCAAUUGAUGGUCAUGAUGGAAAAUCAUUCACAGCUGAGGGACAUUCGGCGUCGGUGUACCCGAGCGAAGGAAGAACUCUCUGUCAAUAUCUAUCACAGACUCAAGUGGAUCACUUAUGUUGAGAACAAAAUGAUGGAGGUUGAUGGAAAGCUCGUUAUGUAUCACGAAAAUCUUAAACGUUUAAGGCGUCAUCUGGAAGUGCUCCAACAAAUUCAUCUGGCUCCGCAUAUGUACGUCACUGCUGUCUCUGAGGUUGUAAGGAGGCGAACUUUUUCUCAGGCGUUUCUCGUUUGGGCGAGCAAUCUGGCUUGUCAAUUACUCACGGUACACAGUGAAGAGAUUGAGAAAAGAAGGGAAUUUCAUAGCAAAUUCGAGGGACAUUUCUUGAAUACUUUAUUUCCCGGGCUCGAGGAUACACCACCCCCUUUUGCCACUCAAGCUCCUACGGUUUUUGAUAGCCAACUGCCUAAGUUGACUGCUGAAGAUAUGCAGUCUCUGAAGCAUCAGCUGCCUGAUCUUGCUGGCUCGGUUUCCACACCUGAUUUGAACAGCAUUACCCAGUUCUUCUUGUCAAAAAGCUUCAAUGAAGGAAGUGGAGAUGGAUGCAAGGAUAAGGUGGAAGAGAGCACGUUAAUGCCGGUGGAUAUCGAUAGCAAGGGAGGACAGAGAGAAACGAUUGCUAUGACCCCUGACAGAGUUGGUUUUGAGUCGGAGACUGACAUCGAGGAAUUCGAGAAAAUAGUUCAGGGAAAAGAUGGCAAGCCCACAUGUUACGAGACCAAGGACAAAUUGACAAAACAAUUGGAGGUUGGUGGUUCGAGGAGCGUGUCCCCCACAUCCUCAAUAUCCACUAACAUGUCAUCCUUAAAUUCGCGCGUUGAUUUUAAUCGUUCAACUGCACUGUGCCCAUUAAUCGAGUGCAUUGAAAUUAAUGAACCGAGUACCUACCCACUCAAUCCCCUGACAAAUGCCAAGUGCGACGGCCAGCUCAGUCAGCCCAACGGACAGCUGGAGAGUGGAGAUAGCAGCCCAUUCGGGGAAGCAACAAAUUGUGAUUUUUUGGGUACUGAAUUUUACAUGGAUGAGUCCUUGCCGAGCAGUCUCAGCGAGCAUCACAGUGAUGGUCAUCAUCAGGCCAUUGUUAAUCUUCUUCAGGAGAAUCUCGGAAACACAAGGGCCGAAGUUGAACGGCUAAGGACGAUCCUUCGAACGGUGAAGACAGCCAUGAACGACGCGGUGACAGUAUUUCGUGACGAAUUGGCAGUUCUCAGGGACAAAGUUAAUGAUAAUAAGUGUGGAAUUCACGAGAUGACAGAGCGUAUUGGCCAGACAUUGACAGUACAAUCGCGAGAGUGUGAACGGGCAUUACGAGAACGUGAGCAAGAAUUGACAGUUGAUCACGAGUUGGAAUUAACAGAUGCCAAGAAGAUAUUGGGAGUUCGUGACGAAGAGAUAAACAAUUUGAAGCGUUCUAUCAUGGAUAAAGACACUGAGCUGGCUGAACACGAACGUUUGGUCGCUACAGUGCGGCAAAAAUUGGACACUCAACAGGAGGAAAUGAGGAAUAUUCAGUUGGGGUUUCAGGCGCAGUUAAAAGACGCCAUUGAGCAAGCAAUAAUUGAUAAGGAGAAUUCACUGGAGCAGAAUAAUCAGGCACGCCUCGUGGAGAUAGCUUCACUGACCAGUGCUUUGGAGCAGUGUAGGCAGAAUGUCAAGGAGCUAGAAGAUAAUCUCGCCAAUGCCAGGUCUGAUCAACUGAAAUUGUUGAAGGAGGCAACAGACAAACUACAAAUGGAGCAUAAAACUGAAUUAGAAACUAUCAGAAGUCGGUUUAAACUCAUGGCUGCGUCGACCGUUAUGGAGAGGAGUCCAAGCGACUCGAGUCUUGAGAAGAUCGAGAGGCCUGAUGUUAUUGAGCUUAUAAAUCAUGAGGCUAUACUGGCGCAGACUAAGGAGGAUCUCAUUGCAGAGAAGGUCGAUGCUGUCAGAAAAGCCAUUGAGAAGGAAACGGUUGAUUUCGAGGCAAAGUUGCAAUUUGGUUUGAGGAUGGUUGAGAAACAGAUGGGGGAGGAGGCUGAGGCUCACAGAAUAAGAGAAACUGCCUUGGUUGAGGAAUGCGAGAAAUAUCAGGAGAUAAUAAGAAGACUCACUGAGGAUGAUUCUCGCAUGCGCCAGACACUAUCCGAGAAAGUGGAGAAAUUGGAAGAGGAAAAACAUCGUUUGGAGAAGAAAAUGGCGACAGAGAGAAAGGUCCUGAAACAACGAGAGUCACAACUACAGGAAUUACAGGCAGAAAGAAACGAACUUCGCCAAGAGCUCACCGAGGGACGUAUAAAAAUCAGCCAGAGUGCUGAAGCGAUGGUGGAUGACGGAUUCAAGUCCCUCAUGUCCAUCAGCAAAGACGAUAUUGACGUAUCGGAAUCCAAGAAAGUGCGACUGGAGGCUAAUACUGCUGAAUGUUUAACGAGACGUGUGGAGUCUUUGGAAAUAGACAAUAAGAGACUCGCUGCCACUCUGCAGGUGGUCCAGGAGUCCAAGGAGGCAAUCGAGGCGAAAUUCGAAAGUCUCGAGGCUGAUAAAAUCCGACUAGAAGUAGAACUCGUCAAAGAACGCUCUAGGCGAGGCUUUGUCACUGAUAUUUCCGCGUCCAUUGAUGGACGUGACAAAGAGAUGAAUACUUCGGUGGCUGUUGUUUCCGAGUCUGGAAGCGCUGAAGCUGGCUCUUCUGAUCAUCAAAUUAGACAGGAUGCUACUUUCAGAUAUCGAGAGAAACUCAUCAAGAGCACCACCAAUCUUUUUCAACAAUCAUGCAUCAGUCUUAAUAGCUGCAACCCUGGCGAUUCGGUGAUUGUUUUGUGGGACACGGAUCAUAGCAAUUAUAUUAUUCUACAGGAAUCACGGACAAUGUAUUUUUUGCAUUCUGAGUGUAUUGAUACGCUUAAACUCAGACGGGAGAGCGACGGACUACCCAAACAAAUUUAUGUUCUUGGGGAGGUCAUUGAUAAACAGUAUUGUCACGCGAAAAAGUCCGAAAAUCGUUACCAUGUUCCUCAAGGUACCAAAUUUUAUCGAGUCCGUGUGAAACCAAUCCAGCGAGACUUGGAUCUAACAACCUCAUCCUCCGACACGAGCCAGCAGUGAGUCAACCUUUACAAAUCAAUAAAACCACAAUUUCCGAAUCAAAAAUCAAUCUCCUAAAUCAGAAUCACAGAAAAAAAAAACAAAAUGAAAUAGAAUGCGCUGUGAUUGCAUACUCGUGUCAUGUAGUUAUCCAAAAGUGCUGAUUUCAAGUAAGCAUGAUCAGAAAUUGCAAAUAAAGUUUUUCAUUCGUUUUCGCGAUAAAACGAAUUUAUUUAAAAAUAAAUAAAUAACUCCAAUAUGGAGAUGUGCAGUGGCGUUUUAUUGUGAUAGAGUUGGAGUGUUGGAUAAUUAUGGACUGCAUAAAGAAUUUUUAAAGCAAAACGAAAUAAAAUAAGAUUACUUAAAUUUUUAUUAACAAGAGUAUAAAUUUCCUCACAAAAAUGUCAAAUUUAGCGCUAAGUUUUGCAAAAACAAUUUGAGUAAUAAUAACGAGAUCGGACAGAAAAAAUGAAGAGAAAGCUGUGUGUUUUCAAUAGAAAACAAAAAACUAUUUCAUACGUGUGGUGAGCUAGAUGCUGACUAUUCACAAUUACAUAUAUGAUACAUGUGUGUAAUUUUGCAAUUGUACAAUAUUCAACGUAUAUGCAGUUACAAUAGAUCUCACAAAUAAAACUGAAAAAUAAAAAAAAAGUAUUCAUUAUUAACGUAUUUCAAACAUUGGAUCAUGGGUGACAUUUGAAUAGUUAUUAAAGAAUAUUCAGAAACAAUCAUGAAUCUUUCUAAGGACCAUUUGAAAAUAGCACACGCAAAUAGAUCUUUUUGUUCGUGAAAUAACAAAUCGUAUAUAAAAUAGCUGUGAUCGUUAGAACUAUAAUAACCUUUUUCACCCUUCAAUCGUAGUUUUUGAAUUUCAACUGUGGAAAUGAUUGACGACCGAAUGGAAUGCAGGAGAAAGUAUCCGAUGAACUUCGUGCAUUUUACCCAUUUUAUUGAAAAUUGUGGGUUUUGAGAUGAAAAAUUUGCCCAUAGAUUGGCAUUUCAGUCUAUUAAUUGUAAAUCUCGAAUCCCAAAUUGUCCUUUUAUUUUCCCCUCCAAUCAAUUUAUGGGUAAUAUUUUCAUGCUGAUAUACAAUUGAUGUCAAAGGACCGUACCUACCAGGGAUCAAUAAUUCCUGUGAUUUUCUGGAGCAAUGGUAGAAAUUUUUUGUAGCUGACAGAUUAAAUAGCGUCCUGAUUCGUCACAUUGUCUUGCAGUCAGAAUUAAAAAUAUUCUUCUCGUUUUUCUCAUCGCAGAUUAAUCAGAUUCCAUCGUUUUUAAAUACUAAGUUAUUGUCACUGUUUUCUAGAUUAGGAGGUCGAAAGAAUAAAAGAUUUUGUGAGAAUGAGAGUCAUGGAUCAAACGCCUAGUGUUUUGCUAUUUUCCUUUUCUUUUACUUUUUUUUUUUAAUGAAUCGAUAUGAUGACAGAAUUUUCCAAGCAUAAAAUACUAAUCUAAAGUUUAUAAAUUUUUUACACAGAUAUUAAAUUUCUGGCGUCAUUCGGUGCAUUAAAAAUGUUUCUUCUGGGAGUCAUACAACAGGUGGUUCUCGACUCAUCUGAGAGGAAUUAUUCAUUUUUGGUACCUGAUGUUAAUUAUGCGUUAUCCAUCACAAAUUAAAUCAUUUGGUGUGUUCGAUUCAUGAUAUUUAUUUACUAAUUUUUUCGCAGACUUUUCAUUGAUUUCUAUCCAAGUGUGAAGGCUUUCAGAUUCGUAAUAUCAAACAAACGUGCCUGAAAAGGGUUUAUUAUAACCGUGAUAUCAUAAUUUAGAUGAAAACAUUGAAAUAUGAAAGUUUCGCCUGCUAAAGUAACUCCUUCAGUAGAUUAACAAUAAUUAUUCUCCGAAUGUCUCACGCUUGAGGAAUAGUCAUUACCACGUAGAUUGCCUUGUUAUACACUUCUCAUUUCUCAACCAAAAAUAACUGAAAAAAAAUGAUGAAAACCAUGAUCUUCAUUUUUUAUUAUUAUUAGUUCUUCAAAGUAGAGUAGUGAGAUAUCUUAGUGGAUUAUUUUUUCACUUGAAUCGUAAAUCUGUAGAUCUUAUUGCCUUAUCUUCACGCCCGCUGAGUAACUUUAUCUGUGUUAUAUUUGCGGAAAUGGGCAGAAAAAUAAUUUUCACUAUUAAUAUUUCAGAAACGCAUUAAUGAUUAAUGCAAAAAAAAUUAUAUACGUUAUAUUAUUUAAUUUCAUUAUUUUGCCUUUCCUAAAAAUAUACAAUUAAUGAGAUAAUUUUAUCAUUAAUUAAAAGAGUAUUCACUUAUGUGUUCCUAUAAUUACUGCUUCAUAGAGUAUAAGAAAGUUGUAGGUUCUGAUUAUUAUCGUUAAAAAUAUUGCGAUAACCCUUGACCAGUGUACCAGGAUUCAUUAGUAACUAAUAGAAUAAUGAAAAUAUUUUGGUUGUCAUUAUUGAUUAAAUGAGCAUUGAAAAAUAUUUUUAAUUUGAUUAUCGAUUUGAACAACAACAACAACUCAUUUGAAAUAUUCAAGUGAGACUUAUGACGAGAUCGAUACAUAUCUAUAACCAAUAUUUUUCUUUAUUGUUAAUUAUUACUCAUCGAUGUUCCAUGGAAAAAAAAACUUGAAUUUCUCAUUACUCAUACAUUAUAUCGUGGAAAAUAUCUGCAGGUUAUUAAUAAUUGAAUAAAUAUGUUUAGUUGUGAUGGAAAUGUUGGUGAAAAUUAUUAUUGUGCUGAUUUGUGCAUCUAUGCAAUUUUAUUUCGUGACGGUAAAGGUACGAUUAACAAAGUGUAUUUGAUAUUUCAGCAGUGUAAUAGUGAUCACUGUGAGCUUAAUGUUUUUUUUUAAUGAUCUAGAAACAUAACGCACUAUUGCAUUCAGAAUGUCGACGAACGAUUGAGAGCUGUGGUUAGUCUUAUUAAGAAUCACAAUAGAAAAAAAAAUUAAUAUUUGUAUGGAAUUGUGAAAAUUUAAGUUUAUUCUAAAAUUUUUUCGAAUACUAUGUUCGAUGCGACGAGCUCACGACUUGUGUCAUCUUUCAUUUUCACGAAGUAUCAAUACUGAUAUAAAAUACAAGGGAGGUAAUUUCAUAAUGUUAGGUUGGUAACUACAGACUCUUCAUGGCGGGUCCGUAUGUACUUUUGUGAGAUAAUUAUAAUGAAAAAGAGAACAAUGUGAACGUGAUAGUAUCUGUUACACAAUAAACGAACGAAAUAAUAAUCAUCAAUAUGAAUAAAAACCAUUUGACUUUUUAACCGA